GGUUUAAGAAUAUAGGCUGCUGUGAUUUAGUUGUCCCUUGAGGAGAGGAGCACACAUCAAGAAGGCUUUCAGGAGUGUUGUUCCAUUUUAAUUUACCAGGCUCCGGCUGGGGCCGCGGAGCCCCCGGUGCGGCCAUGGACCGGCCCCUGGUGGCGUCGGCGGAGGCGGAGGAGGAACUGGAGUGGCAAGUGGCGAGUCGCAGGAGGAAGGCCUGGGCCAAGUGCCGCAGCUCCUGGCAGGCGUCGGAGACGGAGGACCUGUCCACAGAAGCGACGACGCAGGACGAGGACGAGGACGACGAGGAGGACCUCCCGGGCGCGAAGCUGCCGGCGGCCGCGGGGAGAGGAAACGUGCCCAACGAAAAGAUCGCGAUAUGGCUCAAGGACUGCCGUACCCCUUUGGGAGCCUCACUGGAUGAGCAGAGCAGUAGUACACUCAAAGGUGUGCUUGUGAGAAAUGGAGGAAGUUUUGAAGAUGAUUUGUCACUGGGAGCUGAAGCCAACCAACUCCAUGAAAGUGAUGCUCAAAUUGAAAACUGCCAUAAUAUCUUGGCCAAAGAGAGAAGACUGCAGUUUCAUCAGAAAGGGAGAAGUAUGAAUUCCACUGGAUCUGGGAAAAGUAGUGGGACAGUCUCAAGCGUUUCAGAAUUGUUGGAACUUUAUGAGGAAGAUCCUGAAGAAAUUCUUUAUAAUCUUGGAUUUGGACGAGAUGAACCAGAUAUUGCUUCUAAAAUUCCUUCCAGAUUUUUUAAUUCAUCAUCAUUUGCUAGAGGGAUAGAUAUUAAAGUAUUUUUGAGCGCUCAAAUGCAACGAAUGGAAGUAGAAAAUCCAAAUUAUGCUUUAACAAGCCGUUUUCGUCAAAUUGAAGUGCUUACUACUGUGGCCAAUGCGUUUUCUUCUUUGUAUUCCCAAGUCUCUGGGACUCCCUUGCAGAGAAUUGGAAGUAUGUCCUCAGUGACCUCUAACAAGGAGACAGACUCUCCUCCACCUUUAACCCGAAGUAACACUGCAAAUCGCUUGAUGAAAACACUAUCAAAACUAAAUUUGUGUGUUGAUAAAACAGAGAAAGGAGAAGGUACUACUCCUUUUCCAGCAAUUGAAAAAGGAAAGAUUCUGAAUGUUUCAGUGAUGGAAGAAAGUGGUAAUAAAAAUGAUCAAAAGUCUCAAAAAAUUGUAAAGAAGAAAGACUCUUCUUCUAUGUUAGCCACAGUUAAAGAAGAAGUGUCAGGGGGUUCAGCAAGUUUGAUGGAGAUUGCUGACAUUGAUCCACUUUCUGAUGAAGCAAUCGGUAAUUUUAACCAAGAAAGUGAAAGUGAAGCAAGUAAAGAAACUCAGAGUCAUGGGAAUAAACUGGGUGAGGGAUGUGGUAUUACGGAAUCUGAUUUAGGGAGUGAUUUCAACAUGUCCGGCCACAGUGAGCUAGAAAAUAGCAGUGAGCUGAAAAAUGUCAAUGUGUCCACACCUGAAAAAGAGCCAUGUGCACCACUGACGAUCCCGUCCAUAAGGAAUAUGAUGGCACAGCAGAAGGACUCCUUUGAAAUGGAAGAGGUUCAGAGUACGGAGGGAGAAGUUCCUCAUGUUCCAGCCACUUACCAGCUGGGUCUUAGCAAGUCAAAAAGAGAUCAUCUAUUACGUACCGCAAGUCAGCAUUCUGAUAGCAGUGGUUUUGCUGAAGAUUCAACAGAGUCUCUCUCCGUUAAUCAUCUUCAGGUUCAGGAGUCCUUGCAAGCCAUGGGGAGUAGUGCUGAUAGUUGUGACAGUGAGACAACAGUCACAUCAUUUGGUGAAGACCAUGUCAGACCAAUAGCACAAGAAUCAGAGGAGGAGUCUCCGAUUCCUUUUCAGAAGGGAAGCAAGAAGGCAACAUCAGUUGCUGACAAAAGAAGGUCAGAUAGCCAGGAUUUCCCGCAGUGUGAGACUGUUGAGAAUAAAGGAAAUAAACAGUCCACUGGUAGUGCAGGGGAUCCUGCUACUGAAAUUACUGAAACGAAAGAGGACUUGUCUCCAGCACAGCCAUUGGAACUGCAGAGGGAAGCAAGUGCUGAAAGUGAUGUGGAUAAAGGCAGUGAAUGUGAAUUUGCCCAGUAUACCACGCACCAUAUUCUGAAAUCGUUGGCUUCUAUUGAAGCUAAAUGCAGUGAGAAGGGCUCGGAAGAUACAACUGGGCCUCCCUCUUCUGUGGACAGAGUUACUACAGCUUUGCAAAGAGCUCAGAUGAAGGUGUGCAGUCUGUCUAAUCAAAGAGUAGGGCGUAGCUUGAUAAAGUCGAAAGAUCUGUUAAAACAGAGGUACUUAUUUGCAAAAGCUGGCUAUCCUCUAAGAAGGUCUCAGUCCUUACCAACCACCUUAUUGAACCCAGUGAAGGUUGUGUCCUCUGUCAAUGUUCGGUUGUCCCCAGGAAAGGAGACCAGAUGCAGUCCACCUUCCUUCACCUAUAAGUACACACCUGAAGAGGAACAGAAGUUAGAAAAAGAGGUGACUGAGUCAGAUGGUCAGUCUUUAGUUAAAUCCACCAUUUUCAUCUCUCCAUCAUCUGUGAAGAAAGAAGAAGCCUCUCCGAGCGAGGGGAACCGGUUGGAGGAAUGCCAUGCUCGAAGGACUCCCACUUGCUCACUGUAUGCUCCGGCGCCUAUUUCCCAGUCCACCUGCUCCCUUCACUCUGUCCACUCUGAGUGGCAGGAAAGGCCCCUGUGUGAGCACACAAGAACUCUGAGCACUCACAGUGUUCCCAACAUCUCGGGCGCCACCUGUAGUGCCUUCACUUCCCCUUUUGGGUGUCCCUACUCACAUAGACAUGCUGCCUACCCUUACCGAGCCUGCUCUGCGAACCCUCCUUCUGCCAUCGAAAUGCAGUUGCGAAGAGUGUUGCAUGAUAUUAGAAACUCACUGCAGAAUCUUUCACAGUACCCUAUGAUGAGAGGACAUGACCUUGCUGCUGCUCCAUAUCGUACUCAGAACUCGUCUGUUCUACCUCUUUAUGAAAAUACUUUUCAGGAGCUCCAGGUAAUGAGGCGGAGCCUGAAUUUGUUUAGAACACAAAUGAUGGAUUUAGAAUUGGCAAUGCUGCGUCAGCAGACGAUGGUUUAUCAUCACAUGACAGAGGAGGAAAGGUAUGAAGUUGAUCAGCUGCAGAGUUUGAGAAAUGCAGUCCGAAUGGAACUUCAGGACCUGGAACUGCAGCUGGAGGAGCGCCUGCUGGGCCUGGAGGACCAGCUGCGCGCCCAGCCCGUGCCUUCUCCCUUCCGCUCCUCAGCUCUGGUGGGAAUGUGUGGCAGUAGAAGUGCUGAUAACUUGUCAUGCCCUUCUCCACUGAAUGUACUGGAACCAGUCACUGAACUGAUGCGAGAGCAGUCCUAUCUGAAGUCUGAAUUGGGCCUGGGACUGGGAGAAAUGGGAUUUGAAAUUCCUCCAGGAGAAAGCUCAGAAUCUGUUUUCUCCCAAGCAACAUCAGAGUCAUCUUCUGUAUGUUCUGGUCCCUCUCAUGCUAAUAGAAGAACUGGAGUACCUUCUGGUGACUCAGUGGGCAAACCCAAGACCCAUCUAGUACCGAGAAAGAAAGUAUUCCGAGCAUCAGUGGCCUUAACACCAACUGCUCCUUCUAGAAAAGGCUCUGUGCAGAUGCCUCCAGAUGUGGAAAGUUCCGAGGAAGUUGGAGCAGCUGAAGAAGCCUUAGAGGCUAUAGGACCUAAAUCUGAAGUGGAAGAAGGGCAUAGAAAAAUCCCAUUAAUGCCAGCUGCUGAGGAAAUGCAUAAAAACGUGGAGCAAGAUGAGUUGCAGCAAGUUAUACGGGAGAUUAAAGAGUCCAUUGUUGGAGAAAUCAGACGGGAAAUUGUAAGUGGACUUUUGGCAGCAGUAUCUUCAAGUAAAGCAUCCAGUUCUAAGCAAGAUAGUCAUUAAAUGGAAUUUAUAGGUUGGCAUGGAUCGUAUUAGCUGUAUGAUAUUGGAGUUACCAAUGAUAUACACUGGUGGAGGUGUUAUUUGUGCUUCAGAAGAUGCUUGCUGCUGAUCCGGCCUACUGUAUACAAUGUACAAUGUUUAUUUCUUCUGUGCGUAUCUUUUUUAAAAACAUACAUAGAAACUUACGCACUUUGCUGACUUUCUUUUCUAAACUAUCAAAACUGUAGCCAUUUGAAAAGCCUAAUAUUUAUUUGUAUGUCAAUAUUUUCCAAUUGAUUCCCUAUGUAGAAUUAAUCUUAAAACUUGAAAACUUCCGGACUUAACCAACUUAUAAAUAACAUAUUUCUUCAGACUAGCUUCUUAAAACACUGACCUCUAUGAGGUAUUUACUGUGCAAUAACUGAUUCAUUUUUUGAGAGCUUGAAGCAACCAAUGGUUUUCCCUCCACUGCUGUUAAUUAGUGUCACUUCCGAGAAAAAUCGUUCUGUUGUAAAAAUUGCUCUUAAUUCUUGAGGAGGUUACUAAUAGCAGUAGGAUAGAAUUAUAUGAGGUUACCUACAACUACUUAAUGUUCUUACACUGUAAGCAUUGUUACUUUACCCAAGACAAAUGUAAUUUUAUUAUAGCUUAUGUAGUAUUUUUUCUUUUGGAAACAAGCCUUAUGUUAAACACUAUGUACUUUUUGCGUUGUCCAGACUUCUUUAUUAUAAGGAGAUGUUUCUUCUUCUGUCUUUUAGGCUAAAUAGUAGACUAUUGCCAACAUAAUGGGGCCUGUGACUUGAAUGGAUAGAAACGAAUAAGCUGGUUUAGUUUUUUUAAAAUGGAAGUAAUUUAGAUUUGUUCUCCUUAUAAUAGAUGGUUUUAAUUCAGUUUUAACCAGUGAGAACUGUUUGUUUUUAUGAAAAAAAAAGAAGGAAGGUGGUUUCCUAUUUGAUUUUGUAUGUGUUGAAUAAGUGUGUAAAGUAACAAACAAAUGUUAGUGGAAUUACUCUUUUAGCAUUUAUAAUUUUCAACGCCUAUUUUAUUUCUUUGUGUGAAAUUUUAAUCAAAAGUGGUUGAGAUGUUAACAAUAUUCUUUGAAGAAUAUCUAAAAGGUUUAUAAAUGUUUGAAUUAUCACACAAAGGCUGAUUUCUAAAAAAAAAAAAUUAAAACAAUAAAGUAUUUAUUUUGCCUAACAUGUUUUUAGCAUAUUCUUUUCUUGAACUACAAUAUGAAGAAUUUGGAUUAGGUUUGAUGAGUAACAAAUAAGGUCCAAAAGAAUUGGAGCAUAUAACCUAAUAGGUUGAUGUUCUCUUUUCCUGAAGAGCCUUCUGUGAUGCUUUCAAAAAUAUAAUUAAGACUAGACCACCCUGGAGAAAGUGCUCAUACUAAUGUCUCUUGUUCUCAUCUAGUUCUGUGGUCCUAAUGAUUACCAUCUGAGGCCAAAUAAAACUCUUCUUUAAAAUGUA